CUCCUUACCCAGCCGCCCGGCAUGAGCCACGGGAAGAGAACAGACAUGCUCCCGGAGAUUGCCGCCGCCGUCGGCUUCCUUUCCAGCCUCCUGAGGACGCGGGGCUGCGUGAGCGAGCAAAGACUCAAGGUGUUCAGCAGGGCGCUCCAGGACGCACUGACCGAUCAUUACAAACACCACUGGUUUCCAGAGAAACCAUCCAAAGGCUCUGGCUAUCGCUGCAUCCGCAUCAACCACAAGAUGGACCCCAUCAUUAGCAAGGUGGCCAGCCAGAUUGGACUCAGCCAGCCCCAGCUACAUCGGCUGCUGCCCAGUGAGCUGACCCUGUGGGUUGAUCCCUAUGAAGUGUCCUACCGAAUCGGUGAGGACGGUUCCAUCUGUGUCCUGUACGAGGAGGCCCCGGUCGCUGCCUCCUAUGGGCUCCUCACUUGCAAGAACCAAAUGAUGCUGGGCAGGAGCAGCCCCUCGAAGAACUAUGUGAUGGCUGUCUCCAGCUAAAUAGGAGCCACCCUACCCGGGCACUCUACUGUACUCAUGCUGCCGUGACAACAGGCCACCGUAUACCUCAACCUGGGGAACUGUAUUUUUAAAUGAAGAGCUAUUUAUACAUGUUAUUUUUUUUUAAGAAAAGAGGAGAAAAAAAACCAAAAGAUUUUUUUUUUUAAAGAAAAAAAAAAUCCUUAAAGGGAGCUGCUUGGAAGUGGCCUCCCCAGGUGCCUUUGGAAAGAACUGUUAUUGAAUUUGUGAGCCAGUGUUUGCCUAGAGGAGUGGUUUGGGGAUUGGCCUAGCCAAGGUAAAGGGGGAUUCUUGGCUGAUCCCCCAGGAGGUGGUAAAAGGGAGCAAGGAAGGUUAGCAACUGUGAAUGAGAGGGGUCAGGAUCUUUCCUGGGAUGCCUGGAUGCCUGGAUGCCUGGAUGCCUGGUUCCUCUCUUACUCAGGGGCAUUCAAGCCUGGUCUUAAAUAAUACUACAUUGCCUAAUCUUCUUUUGUGUUUCUGCUGAGACCCUGGGUAGAGUGAACGACCUCUCCUGUUCCUUCUGUUCUGAGCAGGUUCUCUUGAAAUCUUGUCUCAUUCCUGAGUCUACCCUUGGGGACCUGGAAAGGCUGUUUCCCAGCCAGGAAUCUAUAUGAACAUAUUUGGAGGGUGGGAUGUAAGGCAGGUGUGCAAAGACUUGGGUAUAGAUGGAGGGAACCACACAAAACCUUUGCUCUGCUCUGUGCUGCACUGCUUUGUAUGGAUGGAUGGCAAAUAAUUUAGGGGUGAUUUGCAAUGGAAUUUUGGGACCCAAAGAGGGAUGGUUCUCUCCCUCCCUUUUCCUAAACCCUGCUUUUGGGAACCACAUGAAAGUCCGAAUGCUGCUACCAUUAUUCCUUUGAGAGGUGGCUCAAAGCUCCAGGGAACUCCGGGUCCUUUCUUACUGCCUUCUCCUCAAGACUCCUGUUCCCCGCUCCCCUCUUUCAUGUGAUUGGGUCCUGGAGGGCCCCAUUUCCUAGGACAGGAGUUCUCAAUCACUGUGCAAUAGUCCCAGGAAAUUCUGAGACUGGGCCUCCUAGCCCCUCCUGGCGCCCUGGUGGGUUCUGGCUGGCUGGUGGGUCUUGCAGAGAUCUUUCUAGGCUGCAGAGAGAGUGCCUGUGCACUAGCUGGUUUUGUGUAGGGCUGCCACUAAGAGCCACACUUUGGGCACAGCUUUAUCUCCUUGGUGCUCAGAGCACCUAUGGGGGAGGUUGUCUCUCUCAGUAAAAUCCAAAUUUAUCUGUAGAUGUGUGCAAUAUAUACUGUUAUGGACUGGAGAAAAUUGGAAAACACUGGGAGAAAAUGGCUUUCCUUCAGGUCCAGUGACACUGAUGAGGGUCCUCAGAAGACCUGAGUCUCUCAAACUGAAGGACAGAGCUAGAUAGAGUCAGCCCAUCGCUCUCCUUAAUGAGGAAUCGCUUCCCCAUUUCCACCGCCAUGGCAUCCCAUUUCCUGGAUUUCUUAACUCCUCAGUUUCCACUCAAAGGUGCUAUUUUCCAAACACUCUGCCCAGCCUGCUCAGGCACUCCCAGCUUCGCACAGCCUUCCCAGGCGGCUUCACCUCUCUCGCUUUAAAGUUAACUCUGGGCCCACAGACCCAAGUGCUGUGGGUGGAAACAAAGCUGUGAAUUGCUGCAGAUGGUUCUCAUGUCUUGUCCGCAAACAGGUCCCUGCCUCUUUAGAAGCAGCCUCCUGCUCUCAUGCUGAGAUCUGUUCUUUCUUGUCGAUGUUCACUUUAAAAAUGACAAAACCCCCAGAGCUGGACUGUUGAGCAGGCCUGUCUCUCUUAUUAAGUAAAAAUAAGUAAUAGUGGUAAGUUUGUAAGCUAUUCUGACAGAAAAGACAAAGGUUACUAAUUGUAUAAUAGUGUUUUUAUAUGGAAGACUGUACAGCUUAUGGACAUAUGUACACUUUUGUUUUUAAUAAAAAUGCAGCAAAUCGUG